AUGUUCUGGUAUAAGGCCAACAGCGAAAAGUCGCCAACGAGAAUCGAACUACCUACUUUGAUCUGUGGGCUCAUCUUCAUAUUAGCACCCAGACACAUAGUUACUCUCCACCCUUAUCGACAUAAACGCUCAAAAUCAAUUACGAUCACAAAUGUUGCUUCCGGUCCGGAUUUCUUGGUCUAUAUUAUCUAUCUAUCUAUCUAUCUAUCUAUCUUAGUCUAUUCAUAUCUAUUUAUCUAUCUCAGUCUGUUCAAAUCUAUCUAUCUAUCUAUCUAUCUUAGUCUAUUCAUAUCUAUUUAUCUAUCUCAUCUAUUCAUAUCUAUUUAUCUAUCUCAGUCUGUUCAAAUCUAUCUAUCUAUCUUUCUAUCUAUCUAUCUAUCUAUCUAUCUAUCUAUCUUAGUUUAUUCAUAUCUAUUUAUCUAUGUGACGUCGUCCCCUGGUCGCAGCGCCAACUCCUCUCCGUUUCUUCUUUUCUUUCUUUUCUUUUUCUGCCUCGUUAAAUGGUGCCACAUCUAUCUCUAUCUGUUCAAAUCUAUCUAUCUAUCUAUCUAUCUAUCUAUAUAUCUAUCUAUCUAUCUUAGUCCAUUCAUAUCUAUUUAUCUAUCUCGGUCUGUUCAAAUCUAUCUAUCUAUCUAUCUAUCUAUCUAUCUUAUUCCAUUCAUAUCUAUUUAUCUAUCUCAGUCUGUUCAAAUCUAUCUAUCUAUCUAUCUAUCUAUCUAUCUAUCUAUCUUAGUCUAUUCAUAUCUAUUUCUUUAUCUCAGUCUGUUCAAAUUUAUCUAUCUAUCUAUCUUCAUAUCUAUUUAUCUAUCUCAGUCUGUUCAGAUCUAUCUAUCUAUCUCAGUCAGAUCAGAUAUAUCUAUCUGCAUCAGUCUCUCUCUCUCUCUCUCUCUCUCUCUCUUUAUCUAA